UCAUGUGAUUCAUUGUUGAGAGCAACAUACCAUUCAACUGCGUGAAGCUUGAAAGCCUAAAAUGCAUGUUAACAGUCAUCAUCCCACCUGGAGUUCCUGGAGCCCUGACCCCGAAAUCCCCACGUAUCAUAUGAUCCGCACUACACUUUUGGACGAGCUUGAUGGCGAGGUCCAGAAGUAUGUGCAACCUGUCCUCGCUACUUCUGCCGAACUCGGUUGCACAAUCAUGAUUGAUGAAUGGACCAACAUUCGAGGUCAAAAGUUUUGCAACUACCUCAUCGGGACCACGAGGGGCGCCACAUAUGUCACCAAAGAUGUUAUGAUAGGGAAGAAGGAUGCCACUGCUUUAGCGCAGGCUUGGCUGAGAAGGUUGAAGUCCCUUGACAUUAAGCUCACCGACAUUAAAACUUUUGUCACAGGCUCGGCCAGUUCGAAUGUCUCCACGAUGGAGGCGUUCCAGAAGGAUGAGAGUGUGAAGCACAUCUUUUGGAUUCCUUAUGUGGCGUAUGUCAUGGACCUCAUCCUUGAGGACAUCGGCGACAUUGACUGGGUGGCGACGCGCAUAGCUCAGGCGCGGUUGGUCAUAAAGUUUUUCAAGCGCCAUAGUCAUGCUUGCGAGGUUUUGCAGGUGUUCAUGUCCAUGUCACUGUUCCUUCUUGUUGAGGUUCGCUUUAGCAUGCAUGUCAUUAUAAUGCGGCGACUUCUGCUGCUGCAAAUGCAACUUAUGCAGAUGGUCAUUGAUGAUCGAUGGAAGGACACUUUCAGGUCCACGAAGAAGAUUCGAGACGCCGCCGCGGAGGUUACACCAUGUAUCGUGUCUCCUCUGUGGUGGAACGAUACGAGAGCGGUGUGCACGUUGUUGGAUCCCAUCAUGAACAUGUUGCAGAUAGUGAAAAGCGGCACGAGGCAGGUAGGCAAGAUUUUGCGUUGGUACGAUGAGAUGAUCGUAUCUUGUUUAUCUGCUUGUGUUGGUUUUGAUCGGGAGGAGCAGGGUGCAGUGCGUGUGGUGUUUGACAGACGCCGAACCAUGUUCAAGUCAAUGAAUCAUAUGGCUGCCAUGAUAUUGGAUCCAAAGUUUCGAGAACCUACACUGACAGACGACGCCGAGAUGCAGCAGGGGUUAAUCACUGCUUUGGUUAAGUUCGACUACCCUGAGAGCUCGGACCAGUACAAGGAGGUCCUCACAACCAUCGACAAGUUUCAUGCUAGGGACCGACCAUUCGACGACGUGGCCAUGGAUCGAGCGGCGCAGAGUUAUAGCCAUCCAACAAGUUUCUGGGACUCGAAGCAGAAAAUGUUCCCGCAUACGGCCUUCUUCUCAGUCAGGAUCCUUCAUAUCUGGGCGGAGACGUCACCUUAGGAGAGAGCUUGGUCCCGGUUGAGCUUUAUCUACUCCAAAUCAUGUAACAGGUUGGAUGCCACACAGACCGAGAAGCUCGUGCGAU